GUAUAGUAAUAUGGUUUUGCUCAAGGCUGCUGCUGUAGCUCUCCUUGCCGUCGUGGCAUCUGCCAAGCCCCACCAAAACCCCCACGGUCACGGUGUUUCGUCCUGGAAGAACAACAUCAAAAAUGUCGUUGUCUUGGUUCAAGAGAACAGAUCCUUCGAUACUCUUGCUGGAGGUUUCACCUAUAGCCAUGAUAUCGAUGGUAUGGUUGGUAGACGUUUCUGCAACCCAUUGAACGUCAGUUUCCCUUUGGAGAACAUCACAUGCGCUGACAAGUUGGCCCCUGCCAACGACAUCGCUAACGACGAUCCCAACCACUCUAUCACUGGUACUUCCUUCGGCUUGUACAGUACCUACCAUCCUGAUGAGACCCUCAUCAAGAAGGGUCACCUCAAGCCUAACCUUCUCGGUUUCCUUACCGAACAACAGGUUUCCAACAAGCACCCCGGUGAUGCCACUCGUGCUUCCGAAAUCUUGAACUACUACACUGCCGCCCAUAUCCCUGUCUUUGAGGAUAUGGCCAAGAACUAUGUUCUUUUCGACAAGUGGUUCUGUGAUGUUCCCGGUCCCACUAACCCCAACCGUGCCUACAUUACCUCUGGUACCAGCCACGGUCACGGUUCCAACGAUGCUGGCUUCAACUAUGGUGGUCUUCCUCAAAAGUCCAUCUUCCAGCAGUUGUCCGAGAACAACAUCACCUGGAUCAACUACUCCAACUCCUCCACUAACCCCAACGGUGUUAACAAGCCUGGUCAGAAGGCCAAGGGUUUCAACCCUGAUGCCGUUUUCUACAACUGGACCAUCACCAGUGGAGCCAUUGACACUAACCUCAAGUUCCUUAGCGAGUUCUAUACCGAUGCUGCUAACGGUACUUUGCCUCAAUUUACCUACAUCAACCCUGAAUGCUGCAGCUACCAAUCUAUGCACCCUCCUUCUCCCAUCAGCAUGGGCGAGAACUUCAUCAAAGGAAUCUACGAGAGUCUUCGCAAUGGACCUCAGUGGAACGAAACUCUCUUCAUCGUUACCUUCGACGAAGGUGGCGGUUUCGCUGAUCACGUUGCCCCUCCCGUCAAUGUUCCUGCUGGCGAUAGCUUGACCUACACUGAAUUGGCUCACGAUGGAAAGAACGCUACCUUUGACUUCACUCGUCUCGGUGUCCGUGUCCCCACUAUCAUGAUGUCUCCUUGGGUCGGUAAGGGUGUCAUUGAACACGAAGGCAAGAACAAGGGUCGCACCUACUCUCACGCCAGUAUCCCCGCUUUCCUUGCUGAACUCUGGGAUCUUGACAACCUUACUCCCCGUACUGCUUGGUCUUCCACCUUUGAGCACCUGUUCUUGCACAAGCCCAGAACCGACACUCCCGCCACUCUUCCCCAGGCUAACAGCUUCUAGAUAGAACAACAACUGCUGUGUUGACGCAUGUAGAAUGGCCGAUUAUAUAAUAAAUAAAUUCUCAUCCAAUGUCGUAGCAAAUUUCUGAGAGGAGCGGGCGCGAAUUUUUUCCCUGCCAAAAUUUUUAAAAAAUCGCGAGCGUCGCG